ACGAUCCACAAUCACAACAUUACGUACUACGCCAUCGUAACGUUCGUAGCGAAUUCUACGGUCCCGGGUUCGAUACCCUCUGAUACGUGUUUACAAAGUUAUCAGUGAAAUUUUUUUUUGUUCACCUUGCGUCAAGAAGUGUGAUUUUAAACACUCAUAAUCAGUUUAAAACUGUUUUGGAAAACUUUGAAAAGUUCCAUAAAACCACCAAAACUUUCCAUGUGAAAAGUGCAGUGUUUUCCCCUAUUUUCCAGCUAUACCAGUGGAAACUACAACUUUUUCUUUUUGUUCCCCAACCCGAAACUUCUCCAACUUGUAUUGUGGAAUUCAAUUAUUAUCAUUUUUAAAUUGAUUCUUUGAUGAAGUGUGGAAAGUGUUUAUUGACAAGUGUGUGGAAAUCUUAUAGUGCAUGAAUUUUCCAGAGCCGGGAAAUUGUUUCUCUCGUGGAUUAUUUCAUCAUACGUUGCCAACUGACUUCGAUUCAUACUAGAAGAAGCUUGAAACACAAAGCAGCAGAAUGGUGCGCUGGGUCACAUGGUGUUGAACGUGUUUCUGCGCUGAGAACAGCAGGGGACUGAUAGGCAACUCAUGCAACCUCUGUCACGUCGAUUCCAGUUUCUGAACAUUAGGUGGUAUCGUAUACAAACCAGCCAGCCCACAAUGGAAAUCAGACGUUUCGACAGCAUGUAGACCAACCUCUUCCGUAGAUAAAAUGUGUUUUGUGUUACGUCACGUGAUUGGCGACAGAGAAGAGAGUUCGCGUUACGUGUGUGACAUGUGUCAAGCCAGCCACCGAACUGAUAUGUGACUUUCAAAUCAUUGUUCCAUGGUCAACCAUGUUCUGUAGAAGUCGUAAAAAAUGGGGUCUACUGGCAGGCGUGAGACUAACGUCGGUCACUGUUAUUUCCACUGUGAUAUUCAUUCUGACCUGUUACGAAACGGUCAGCGGCAGAAUAUGCCCCAACACCGAUGUGCGCAACAAUAUUUCGAUCAUGAGAACUAAACUGGAGAAUUGUACGGUUAUCGAAGGGUCUCUGCAUGUGGUGCUGAUUGAGAAGGCGUCCGAAAACAAAUUCGAGAAUGUUUCGUUUCCGCUGCUGCGUGAAGUGACGGGGUUUGUGCUGUUCUAUCGAGUGAACUAUCUGAGGAGCAUCGGUCAGCUGUUCCCGAAUCUGAGUGUCAUCCGAGGCAACCAUCUCUUCAUGAACUUCGCGUUGGUCAUCUACGAGAUGCGGGAUCUGCAGGAGGUUGGCCUCUACAACUUGAGGACAAUCGUCAGAGGAUCGGUCUGCAUCUUCAAGAAUACGAAACUAUGCUACGUGAACUCGGUGGACUGGCUGUCGCUGUCGGAGAUGGGCUGGUGGAUAGAGCACAACAAAUCACCCGAGCUUUGCGGCAGAUGUCCGGCGAAUUGCAAGCACUGCUGGAACGCCAAACGGUGCCAACUGACGCAGCAGGGUGACGGAGCACAAUUGUCCGACACCGGAGUGACCGUCGCCGGCCAGUUGCCCGAAAAGUGUCACCCGCUGUGUCUGGGUGGCUGCUACGGUCCCUCGGCACACGAGUGUGUCGCCUGUCGCGGAGUCUUCACGCCGGACAACAUGUGUGUCCGACAGUGUCCUCCUGGCACAGUGAAAUGGCUGGAAAGAAGAUGCAUCUACACUGAGACCUGUCAAAAUCAUACAACUGCUGAUCCCAACAUAAUCAAGAACAACAACGACACCAACUUCUUCGUGUUCAAUGGCUCUUGUGUUCAUGAAUGUCCUGAAGGUUUCGAAAAGGGACCCAAUGGAUGCAGACAAUGCACGUCCAGUCACUGUCGCAAAACGUGCGAGGGUCAGGUCGUCGAUUCGCUAUCAGCUGCUCAGAAUCUCACCGGUUGCACUCACAUUGUCGGAUCGUUAAUCAUCAGCCUCAAAACAGGAUCAGACAAGUUCAUACAGCCAGAACUCCAGCAGAGUUUGGGCUCGAUUCAAGAGAUUGAUGGCUCACUGAAAAUUGUAAGAACAUUUCCUCUGGUGUCUUUGAACUUCCUCAGGAAUUUGCGGAUUAUCCACGGCAAGAAGCUUCUUUUCAAUGAUAACAAGUCUUUUGUUGUAGCUGAAAAUCACAAUCUACAAGAGCUGUGGGACUGGAACCAACGUCCCUCUCGACUCCAAAUACUCAACGGAUCUGUUUUUUUCCACUACAAUCCAAAACUUUGUCUGUCGCUGAUUAAAAGCUUCAUCAAGGAAAUCAACUUCACGAAAACCAUCGGUCUGCUCGAUAUUUCCGAAGAAUCCAACGGAGACAAAUUUCCGUGUAAAACUGUCAACUUGAACGUGAGGGUGCUGAAACGAUAUAAUGAGAGUGUUGAGUUGUACAUUGAAAAGCCGAAAGACAAAGAAAUGUUCUCCAGAUACAUAUUGUACUACGUCAAGUCUCCUUUCCAGAAUAUAUCCUAUGAAGAACCUGAUGAUUGUGGAGACUAUGGUUGGAAGACUAAAGAUAUUUCAUCCGAUUGGAAGCUUGAUGAGCCACAUAACAUCACCUACCCCAUAACACAGUUGGAACCCAAUACUCAGUAUGCAUUCUAUGUGAAAACUUACACUAUUGACAGUUUCGCUCUGAAAAGUGGUGUCCAGUACUUCAGAACAUUGCCGUCAAAACCCACCUUCCCCACCAAACUGAUAGCAACAUCAGAGUCCAGCUCAAGUAUCACCUUGAAAUGGAAUCCACCUUCGAUUGCCAAUGGAAAACUUGAAAAAUAUAUUGUACAUGGCUACAAACAGAAAAUGGAUAUGGCAUUCUAUCUUAAUCGAGACUUCUGUAUCUAUCCUCUACAGUAUCGUGAGGUAGUGAUAACUACACCUACGGUUCUGCCAGAGGUAAAUCAGACCACGGAAUUCAAUGAGACCGCUAUCUCCAAAUACAAAGACGAGAGUGAAAAAUGCGUUUGUGAAGAAAAAGUUAAGGUGGAGGCAAUCAAAUCGAAACAAACUCACGAUAAUGAUGAUUUGCAAAUGUUUUGUGAUAAUUCCAGAAGUUAUAUGUAUCUCCCAAACAGAGCUCUAGAUAUUGAUAAAGGAUUUGAGUGUGAAAAAUCGUUUUUUGCUGCACUGUAUGAAAGGCCUUUCGGUAAUGAAGGAAUGCGGUAUAAUUAUGAUAAUAUCGACAUACAAGGCUCAUCUCAAUCUAAUGCGGAUCAAAAGUCAAUAAAUACUCAAGACAAUGAAACACACGAUAGAAGUAUAGGUAUUGUGGAUCAAUUAUCAGAGGCAGAUGAAUUUGUUAUAGAUGACAAUGGUCAAAUAGCACGGUUCUUUCUGCAUAUACCAGGGAAUAUGACUGAAACCAAAGUGGAAAAUUUGCCAUACUUCUCAGAGUACACAAUUGAAGUUCGAGCUUGUAGAGAGAUUGACUCUGAAGAGCCAUUAGAAUCUAGAACUCUAGCUUCACGAUGUAGUUUUUCCUCCAUCACAACACAUAGGACUCAACAAAAUAAAACUGCUGAUUUCAUUCCUUUUGUAAAACACAAAAUCUUCAACAAAACUACAGCUAUGUUCAGAUGGGGCAAACCUGCAAAUCCAAAUGGUAUAAUUGUGAGCUACAGCUUUGAAUACAGAUCGAUUGAUAGAAGUUCCUCCUUGCAUCAAACAAUAUGUGUCAGCAUUGAAGAAUACAAUAAUAAUGGCAAGAAAGGUUACAACUAUAAAUUGGAGAACAUACCAAGAGGGAAAUAUGCUUACAGGAUAAGAGCCUUGUCUAUGGCUAGUGAAGGAGAGUAUUCAGAAUCUUCAUACUUUGAAAUAGAGGAAGAAUUCUCAUUCUCAUUCAAAUUGAUUUUUGCUGUUUGUUUCAUAAUGAUGACUGUUUUUAUGAUAAUCUGUAGUCUGUACUACUGGCGUAAGAAGCCUGUAGUGAUGUUCCCAGAUGUCAAUCCAGAAUACCAGAGUAUCUACAACUGCAGAUAUGUGGAGGAUGAGUGGGAGCUGUGCAGGGAGAAUGUUGAGAUUGUGAAAGAACUCGGUAAGGGAACGUUUGGUAUGGUAUAUGAAGGCAUUCUGAAACCUAACAAUGUACCAUGUGCUAUCAAAACAGUCUCAGCCAGGCAGAAUGAAAGUGAAUAUUUCGAUUUCCUGCUUGAAGCAUCAAUAAUGAAAUCUUUCAGUGAAUCGAAUCAUAUAAUAAGACUUCUGGGUGUUGUAAGUCGCGGUACUCCUCCAUUGGUAGUCAUGGAGCUGAUGGCUUUGGGGGAUUUGAAGAUGUUUUUAAGAUCAACCAGAGAUUCGAGUUUGAGACCACCUCCUACUGGCAGAACUGUACUGCACAUGGCUGCACAGAUUGCUGAUGGCAUGGCGUAUUUGGAAUCCAAGAAGUUCGUCCACCGUGAUUUGGCAGCUAGGAAUUGUAUGGUUGCUGACGAUCUGACAGUGAAAAUUGGAGAUUUUGGUAUGACAAGGGAUAUUUAUGAGACAGACUACUAUCGGAAAGGUACCAAGGGACUUCUACCCAUCAGAUGGAUGGCGCCAGAGAGCUGUUAUGAUGGCAUAUUUUCUAGUCACUCAGAUGUAUGGAGCUAUGGUGUUGUCUUGUGGGAGAUAUCAACUCUUGCCGAACAGCCUUACCAAGGAAAAUCCAACGAAGAAGUCUUAGCCUACGUACUUGCAGGAAAUUCUCUUCAGGCACCUCUAUUCUGUCCAGAAGUCAUCAAACCCAUCAUGUUGUCUUGUUGGAAUUUCAGACCCACUAAACGACCCUCGUUCCUUCAAAUUGUCAACACACUUGAGCCACACACCAACGACUAUUUCAAAACGGUGUCAUUCUUUCACAGCACUGAAGCUAUUGAGUUGAGGAAGAAUCUGAAAAUGUAUGAUUACCACAAUCUCAAUAAAAUGCUUCUUUUGUCCACCCUCUUGAAUAAUGAGGACACCAAUGAGGCCAACUCAAGUUCUAGUCAUGACUCUCCAAGCUCUUCACACUCAAACCUCAACAAUGGAUCACAACAUAAUUAUUGCACUGAUGAUAAAGAUGAUAAUUAUGUAACUGGUACUAAUUCGCCUGCUGUCAUCACAGAGAACAAUGACUGUUCGAAGAAUCGACGUUUACUAACGAAUGGACAAGCACACUUGACUAGAUAGACUGACAAGUAACUUUAAAAAGCACCACAAGACUGAUAAAUUUUAAGAUUUCAAUGAAACUUGGGAGCAUAACGUUAGUUUUAUGAGGGUUCAUAUAGAAAGUUUCAUGACAACAUAAAAACAACUUUCGAAAUCGUAUGUCCAUUGAUGUAGGGAUUGGUGAAUAAUCCAAAAAUCAGUAUCACAGUAAUCACAGUAUCAAAAUAUCAGUGAAACAUCAGGCCUCAAGUCUCCUCGAAAAAUUGCAUUUCUGAAGAGGAAUUGAUUCACAUGUGAUACUGAUACUCUUGACUCAAGUCAACCAAAGAUCUGAAGUAAUCAAAAUAAGUGAUUUUAAUUUAGUAUUUUUACAAUUUUCCAUGCUUUAUAAAGUAAUACCAAUCAUCGAACUUCAGGAUAAUUUUAAAGUUUUUGAACAAAAUAUAGCAAAUUAAUUAGACAUUUUCUAGUGACUAUGAAUGAUUUUCUUAUUAGAGUGGAGGAAAGGAUACUCCCCAGGAUGAUUCUUUUUUUAAUAUAUUUUUAAUUUUCCUAAAUUUUUGUGUAGACUAACUACCAUUAUUUUAUUACAUUGCGGUAAACAUGUUGACUUGGAAAUAAGAUUUCAAGAUCUUAACAUAUUUUAUUCUAUUAUAAAAAAUCAUUUGCUUUUUAAAUCAUUUCUCCAUAUUUCUCUCGUUUUCAGUCCCAAUGUUGAUAAUCUUUUCACAAAAUAAACAUCACAAUAGUAUUAAUACUUAAAUCUGAUAAAUAGAUGAAAACCGUUGAAUAUACAAGAGUAUUAAUCACAGUAUGAAUGGAUUUGUUUAUAAUUUAUUAAUCAAAUGCAAUUUAUAAAAUAUGUUACAGUUCAGAUACAACAAGCUCCUUAAUCUUCUAUUCCACAACAUUUACAUCAUCAUUCACUCAAUCAA